UUUUAUGCGUAAAAAUUGUUAAAGUAUUGAGAAAGCUGAUUAAAUCAUAAAUUUGUGACAACAAUUUUAUUUGGGAUUGCUUUCAUUCGACUGACAACAAAAACAGCUGAUUUGUUUAUGUUUUUGUCCGGAGCAAUAUAGCACGCUUUAAUCGAAAAAAUUACAUGGGCUUUUUUCAAAAGUAAGGUUGUAAUGACCUUGAAAAUGUUUGUCUAAAUUCUGUUGCUGAUACAUAUGUCAUAUCAGCAAGAUGCAAAUCGAGAAAGUUUUGACACAUAUAAAUACCAUGAAUGAGUGUUGGCUAAGACAACAUCUCAGUUUAUUCAACUAACUGAUAACAACUGCAGCAGCUGACAAACGAACGGACUGACGGACAAUAUGAAAUAUUUGACCAUAGCAAUCUUUAUAGUGGUGGCUUGCAUCGGCAUGGGCAACACCAGAAGCUUAAAAAGCCUUUAUGCCAAUAGUGUAACUAACUACAAGGGCCAACGCAAACCUUUGGCUAGUCCUAUGGCCAAUGGAAUUCAUGACAGCUCCUACACCAGAUCCAAACGCCAAGUACCCGAAGCUAUAAAAGAACUGCAAGAUAUUUUGACCAGAUCCAAGCAAGAGUGUGUUAAGAAAUUACGUGUCAGCUCUGCCAUGGCCAACAAGGCUCUUAUGUUUGAGGAGAAUCCAACAGAGAAGGAAAAAUGUUUGAUGGCCUGCAUUCUUGAGAAAUCUGAAUUGAUGGAUAAGAACACCAACAGACUUUCUGUACCUGCCAUUACUAGCUUCGCCGGCAAAAUAUCUGACAACAAUGCUUUGGUGAUUUCUGUGGCCGAAGCCGCAGCCGUCAACUGCAACAACAUGAUCAAGACCGACCGUCCAUGUGAGGCAGCAUCCCAAAUCAACAAAUGCAUUAGCGGUGCUAUGAAAGCCCAUAAAUUGAAGCUGGUCUAUUAAACAUGAACCAGAACCUUUGAACCUUUCAACAUCAUGUUUUAUAAUUAAAUUUAAUCACUUUUUAUAUUUUUUAUACAUUUUUCCUAUUUUUAUAACAUAAGGUAUGCAGUCAUAAUAACUUGUAAAAAGUUUGACACUUUUUACAAAAAGUCUUUUAUAAAUUAUCAUGAUAACAUGCCCACAAUUGUGAAAUAUAUAUAUUUUU